AUGAAGGGUCAACAAUGGAGAAAGAUUCCCAAUCCUGCAUCUUCCUUGGCUGGUUCAAGAGGGUCCAUAAGGGACAGAGGCCUAAUUGAGGCCAGCAAUCCAGUUACUGGAGUAGGAUUCAGAGAAGCAGAGGGAUCCAGUGCACACAGCUGGAACCCAUCUCCAGGAGGAACUCUUCAGCUGGAGGAACUCUUCCAGAUUUUUGUAAGAUUCUUACCUCUGGGCACCUCCAAGGCAGUGAUAGGUCUCCAGAAGACCCUUUCAUUGCUUCUGCUCUCACUGCUGACGCUGCUGGGGCUGGGGCUGGUGCAGCCCUCCUAUGGCGAGACCAGAUAUAAAAAAUUCCAGCGGCAACAUGUGGACUCCACAGAGAAAGGUGGCAACAGCUCGUACUGCAAAAAAAUGAUGCAAGAACGGGGGAUGACUAAGUCUAGGUGCAAGCAAUUCAACACCUUCAUCCAUGAAGACAUUGGCACCAUUAAGAACAUCUGCAAAACCCCCAAAAUCCCGUGCAAGAAUGGCAAGAUGAACUGCCAUGAGGGUGAAGUGAGAGUCACAGACUGCAGGCUUAUAGCAGGUUCCCGGGGAAACUGCAGAUAUCAGGGCAGGGGCAGCUCUAGGCGUGUUGUCAUCGCCUGUAAGGGUAAGCUGCCUGUGCACUUUGACAAAUAGAUACUACCCUGCAGGGGUUAUGGCCCCGUGGUUGAUUAACUUACUACUCCUUGAAUAGCAAUGACAUUUGAGCUCUCUCAGGCUCUGCCUCAGCUGCUUAUGCCUACUCCUUUUUCUCUAUAUAAUCCAUUCUGUUAAAUGCAUCAAAGAGAAAUGGAGACAUAAACCUAUAAUGGGACUGGGCUUCCUGUAAUAAAAUUUUUUUAUAAACUCUUCUGCUUCCUUUUCUAAUACUGGUCAGCUUAGCUCUCUCAAAUCUGAUCCUCUGGAAUUUCGUCAUUAUGUGUAUGAUAUAGCAUUUCAAAUAUUUUAAGGUGUUUUCAUCUCAGUUAUCUCAUUUUAAUACCACUGCACCCCUGUGAUGCUCAUGUUGCUACAAAAAGGGCCCAAAGUUAAAGGAUUUGAUGAAGAACAUGAAGAUAGUGGAAAAGCUGACACAAAAAAAUCCAUUUCAAAAAAAAUCCAUUUCAACUGGCUACUAAUCCAGGGCUUUUCCUACUUCAUCACAGGGAGUGCUUUAAAAGUAACUGCUUUUUGAUAUUCUCAAAGUCAGCUGUUGGGGGAAGCAUUAAAUAUUUAGAAAUAUGAACUGGCAAAAUGAGAGCUCUGUCUGUAUAAUUUGGCAACCUUGUUAUGUUUGUAACUAAUAAGAUUAAGAAAUUAUACAGGACUUUCUUUUUCUCUUCACAAAUUUUUGAAUCACUCUAGUAAGUCAGAGUAUUAACAAUGUACUAGAUCAUUAAGACUCAUUCACUCUUCCUGAUUUAAAAGAUUUUUCAUGUUUUCCCUUUAAUAAAGAACUCACACUGCAGAUAUCUGUGAA